AUGUCUAGAAUUCCUACCAAAAAACCCAACUUUCUCAUAAUUCUUGCCGACGAUCUCGGUUUUUCAGACCCAGGCUGUUUCGGUGGGGAGAUCAGAACUCCGAAUAUUGAUCGCCUGGCCAAAGAUGGAGUUCGAUUCACGAAUUUCCACGCUGCAGCGGCGUGCUCUCCAACUAGAGCGAUGAUUAUGACAGGGACAGACCAUCAUAUUGCGGGUUUGGGAAACCUAAUUGAGUGGUCAAAGGCUUCAGCUCAAGCUGCUGGGAAGGGAAAAGUUGUUUCUACCGCUCCACAGAGAGGUAUGCCUGGUUAUGAGGGUUAUCUCAACGAGAAAGUAGUUGCCCUGCCUGAAAUCCUGAAAGAGGGCGGUUACGAAACUUUCAUGGCUGGGAAGUGGCAUCUCGGAAGCACCAAAGAGAGGUCGCCAACGACUCGUGGCUUUGAAAAGUCCGUGGGCAUGCUCGCGGGAUGCUGUAACCAUUACGCAUACCAACCUCCGGGAUCUGAGAACGACAUGCCUGGAUUCAUGCAGACGAGCCACAUCGCCGUGCACUUGGAAGAUAACGAAUACCUAAAGGAGCUGCCGAGCGAUUGGUACUCAUCCGAUUACUAUGCAGACAGAAUGGUUACUUACCUCAAAGACCGCGAUACGGAGCGCCCAUUCUUUGGAUACCUUCCAUUCACGGCUCCCCACUGGCCGCUUCAAGCUCCCCCGGAGCUCGUUGCGAAUUACCGCGAUGUUUACAAGGACGGACCGGAAGCGCUGCGCCAAUCUCGUCUUGCUAAAAUGAUUGAGCUGGGCCUUAUGGAUCCCAAGACAGUUCCACAUCCAGUUAUUGCCGACGAAAAUGAGGAGUGGGAAGAAAUGAGUGAUGAGUCUAAGGCAAAGUCGAGCCGCGCCAUGGAGGCAUUCUCGGGAAUGGUUGAGUCCAUGGAUAUCAACAUUGGCAAAGUUCUUGACGAGCUGGAGAAGCAAGGCGAGCUUGACAAUACAUUUGUUAUGUUCCUCAGCGACAAUGGAGCCGAAGGUGCAGCAUAUGAGGCGUAUCCGAUGAUCCGAGGACCACUGUUAGAGCAUCUUGACAAGUACUACGACAACAGCCUAGAGAACAUCGGAAACGCCAACUCAUUCGUUUGGUACGGGCCCCGCUGGGCACAGGCGUCCACCGCACCCUCAAGGUUGUACAAGGCGUACCCAACAGAAGGAGGUGUCCGUGUACCCUGCGUUGCGCGCUACCCUGGAUUCAAGAACGGCGAGACAGUAGAUGCAUUUGCAACUGUUAUGGAUAUUGCGCCCACGAUCCUUGAGAUGGCCGGGUUAUCGCAUCCUGCCCCGGAAUGGUUAGGCCGAGAAGUCGUGCCGAUGCGAGGCGCAUCUAUGAGUGCCUGGGGAACGGGAACCGCUGAGAGGAUCCACGAGGAAGAGUUCGUCCAGGGUUGGGAACUCCUCGGACGCGGCGCCAUCCGCAGAGGAGACUGGAAGGCAGUCUUCAUCCCUAAGCCGAAGGGAACCGAGAAGUGGCAGUUAUACAAUCUCAAAACUGACCCUGGAGAGGUAAACGAUCUCGCGGACGAGAACCCGAAGUUAUUACAGGAGCUGCUCGUGCUUUGGGACAACUAUGUGCUUGAAAAUGGGGUUAUUCCAUUGCAGCCUGAGCUGGGUGAGUAUAUUGAGGCAUUGGAUGAGCAGAUGACUGAGAAGGGAUGGAUGGAGUACGAAUUCUGGCAACCGGGGGCGAUCCAGAACCCAGAUAAAUUUAUCACGAACCCACCACGGUUCCCAAGGGUAGACAGAAAGGCGACUGUAGCAGCUACAUUCGCAUCUCAGCUUGCCACAUAA